UAGAUAUAAAUUUCAUAGUUCUAAACAAGAUAUGCUAAUUUUGCUACGUUAAAACAUGAAUAUUCAAACUUUUUAUUGAAGAUCAGACUAUAUGACUUAGUUCCUUUGCCUUUCUCAUUGUGGAUAAAUUGAUACUAUUAAUUGUGUAAUGUGACAGAUGACAGUGACAAAUAACAUAUUUUAAUAGUUGUUUGUUUAUCGGCCGUAAUGGUAUUCACGAAUCAAAAUAUUUAUCUAUUUUAUUUAAAAAAUUACAAAUUUGUGCUUUUCAAUUGAAUAUUUAAAUACUUAUCAUAUGACCAAUUGCCAUCGAUAAAUAAAAAAAGAAAUAAAAGUCAUUACAAUAAAUAGUGUUACAAUUACCUAGAACUAAUCAUUAUUAUAAAAAGAUUUUUAUUAUAUAAAUACUUAGGGUCGAUAUAAUUUUUUUUUUAUAGUUUUUGAAUAAAAAGAAUAAAAUACUGAAUGUUCUUAUAACCUAUAACUAGGUAUCUUGUGUUUUGUCUUUGUACCAAAAUGUUAUAAAAACAAAAUAUUUGUAACAAUAAAUACCUAACAUUAAUGGCUGAAUUAAUAACAUUAGCGACAAUAAAAUGCAAGCAGCAAGCUGUACGAGCUGUAAGGUUCAACAUAGAUGGAACAUACUGCCUUACAUGCGGUGCAGACAAGAAAAUAAAACUCUGGAACCCACAUCGGCAGCUUUUGUUAAAAACAUAUGGAGGUCAUGCAAAUGAAGUGUUAGAUGCCACCGGAUCCUGUGACAGCAGUCACAUAAUCUCAGGAAGUGCAGAUAAAUCUGUAAUCCUAUGGGAUGUGACUACCGGACAACCAGUAAGAAGGUACCGUGGACAAGCCAGCUCUAUAACAUGUGUUAAGUUCAAUGAAGAAUCCACAAUGGCAAUUUCUGGGUCCAUAGACAAUACAGUCGCUUUUUGGGAUGUUGUCAGUCAGAGGCAAGAACCUGUACAAGUUUUGAAGGAUGCCAAAGACACUAUAACUUCGAUACAAGUGACAGAUCAUGAAAUUUUAACUUGCUCAGUGGAUUGUCAUGCUCGAUUGUACGAUAUAAGAAUUGGAAAGAUGAUUUCUGAUUAUAUUGGGGAAGUUAUUACUUAUGGCAGUAUGACACACGAUGGCCAGUGUUAUGUUCUGAGCUGUUCAGAUGGCACAAUUAAAUUGUUUGAUAAAGAUUCUGGAGAGUUACUAAACACAUUCAAGGGGCAUGAAAGUAAAGAUUAUUUGUUGGAAAAUGCUGUGAAUGAAAAGGACAGUCAUAUAAUAUCAGGGUCGGCAACAGGGGAGAUCUUUUAUUGGGACCUGAUAAGCAGUAGUUGUACUCAAAAAUUGGUUCACACAAAAAAUAAACCAAUGGUCUCCCUCAGUCAUCAUCCAACAGAAAAUUGUUUAUUGACAGCAUGUGAAGAUGAAAUUAAAUUGUGGGGUGUACAGAGUGUAGAAAAUUAAUUUCUUUUUUAUUAAAUACAUAAUUUUUAAAAUAUAACAAAUAAAGUUUUUUUUUGCACCUUGGAAUUUUGAACAAGUCGUCAGGUCACAUUGUACAAAAGGAUGAUAUUCAAAAAGAGUACUAAUAAAAAUCCUACUAGU